CGAUCCGAGUAGUAGAGUAGUGAAGUGUCUGUUGUUGGCGGCUCAUCUUCGUCUUCCUGCCGUCGCUUUCCUUCUCAGUCCAAAAGCGACACGUUUAUUACAAGUCAGCCCUGCAGCCUUUCGGGGUCUCUAGGUCUGUCCUCCGUUCUCCAUCCAUCCAUGGUGUGGUGUCCUACAGCUACAGCCUGUGCAGGAUUCAUUCUCGUUGCUUCGUUCUGAUCAAUCCGAUCCAAUUUUGAGGAGAGGUGGCCAAGAUCUCCUUCUGCCGACCUCGGAAAGCUCAGUUUGGUGGUGGAAAGAUUGGAUUUUGAUUCCACCUCCUGCGGAUUUGAGCGCAAUUGAAGCCAGGGUUGCGGUAAAGAUCUCUCCUUUUCGCAGUUCUUGCGCCCUACGAAGACUGGGGUUUCGGCCGGAUUUAGUCAUUGGGAAGAUUCCGGUGCUAAAGGAGGAGGAGUCAAACUUUGUGGGUCGGGUCGAGAAGGAUUCAUCGGUCAGCUUUGCGGUUAUGCGGACGUAGGUAGGAGGCCGAAAGGUGAGGUGGUUGACAAGCAGCCAGCUAGGGGAGGUAGAGAGAUGGCGGAGGCGGAGGCCUUGGACGGGAGCACCUGGGAGGACAUGAUGAGGAGGAUUCUCCCCCCCGGCACUCCCAUCCCCGAGGCGCCGCCCAACCUCGACUACUCCAUCGCCCUCGAGUACGACGGCCCGCCGGUGUCCUACGAGCUCCCCAGGGUAGACCCGGUGGAGAUGCCAGUAAUCCCCACGGCCGAGCCGGUGUCUUGUCCCCAGAUGCUCGGCAAUGGAGGAGGGCUACCGUUGGCACCGGUUGUUGAGCCAAUCCGCCUCCCGGUGUCCAGGAUCGCCCGCUGCGCAGAUCCGGUGCCGGCACAGGUUGGUGGCAGCUCAGAGUCGGUCAAUUCUGUCCUGCAGAAUGAGGAGUUCGACAACGAUGACGAUUCCCGCUCACAGUCGCACGGUUCAGCGCAGAGUUCACCGGGGCCACAGAAUAGGCCUGAAAUGCAGGAGGGGAGGAGAGCUCCGGUGGUGACAUUUGGGUUCACGCCGGACAGCAAGUACAAGAGCAAGGAGUUUGAGGAGAUGUCUGAGCAGUACGUGGCGGUCACAAAGAAGGAGAAGAGGAGAAGGGCAUGUUACCGUUGUGGGAAGCGGAAAUGGGAGAGCAAGGAGUCGUGCCUUGUCUGCGAUGCAAGGUACUGCAGCUGCUGUGUGCUUAGGAUGAUGGGAUCAAUGCCAGAAGGGCGCAAGUGUGUCACUUGCAUUGGUCAGCCAAUCGAUGAGUCGAAGAGGUCAAAGCUGGGGAAGAACUCAAGGACACUUUCGCGUUUGCUAAGUCCAUUGGAAGUAAGGCAAAUAUUGAAAGCUGAGAAGGAGUGCCAAGCGAAUCAGCUUCGGCCUGAGCAACUUAUUGUGAACGGUUGCCCUUUGAGGCCUGAAGAGUUGACAGAGCUGCUUAGUUGCACACGGCCUCCUCAGAAGCUAAAACCUGGAAAGUAUUGGUAUGACAAGGAGUCAGGCUUAUGGGGAAAGGAAGGAGAAAAACCAGACAGGAUUAUUAGCUCUAACCUCAACUUUACUGGGAAGCUUCAGGCCAAUGCUAGCAAUGGCAACACUCAGGUUUAUAUAAAUGGAAGGGAAAUAACAAAGAUUGAGCUGAAAGUUCUUAAGGUUGCAAAUGUUCAGUGUCCCCGUGAUACUCAUUUUUGGGUUUAUGAUGAUGGUCGUUAUGAGGAAGAAGGGCAAAACAACAUCAAGGGAAAAAUAUGGGAGUCAGCUUUGACACGUUUUGCAUGUGUAUUGUUUUCACUACCGGUGCCUCCUGGGAAUUCUAAUGGAACCAGAGAUGAAGUUCACUAUUCUCCAAGAACUGUCCCUGAUUAUUUGGACCAGAAAAGAAUCCAAAAGCUGCUUCUUCUUGGACCACCUGGUGCUGGUACAAGUACUAUUUUUAAGCAGGCUAAGUACUUGUAUGGGACUAGGUUCACCCAAGAAGAACUUGAAGGUAUCAAACUGAUGAUCCAAAGCAAUAUGUUCAAGUAUCUUGGGGUUUUGCUGGAGGGCCGCGAGCGUUUCGAGGAAGAGGCUUUGUCUAGAUUGAAUUACACAAUUUCAGAGGAUGAAAAAACUCAGCAUGAUGAAAAUAAAGCCAAUGGCUCAAAUUCCUGUGUAUACUCAAUAAAUGCAAGGCUGAAGAAAUUUUCAGAUUGGCUUUUGGAUAUCAUUGCAACGGGUGAUCUAGAUGCAUUCUUCCCUGCUGCAACACGCGAAUAUGCUCCGUUCGUUGACGAGAUGUGGAAGGAUCCUGCCAUACAAGCAGCAUUUAAAAGAAAGGAAGAAUUGCAUUUUCUCCCCGAUGUGGCCGAGUACUUCUUGAGCAGGGCCAUUGAGGUAUCAAGCAAUGAGUAUGAACCUUCAGAGAAAGAUGUGAUCUUUGCUGAAGGAGUAACACAAGGAAAUGGGCUGGCCUUCAUUGAGUUCACCCUUGAUGAUCGCAGCCCAAUGUCUGAACCUUAUAUCGAGAACCCUGAGGCACAUUCCCAGCCUCUCACCAAAUAUCAGCUGAUUAGAAUUAGUGCAAAGGGCAUGAAUGAUGGCUGUAAGUGGGUGGAAAUGUUUGAGGAUGUCCGCAUGGUUAUAUUCUGCGUAGCACUGAGCGACUAUGACCAAUUGGGACCUCCUGUAAAUGGCAGCAGUAGGCCUUUUCUGAACAAGAUGAUGCAAAGCAAAGAGUUAUUUGAGGCUACAAUCAGGCAACCAUGCUUCUGUGAUACACCAUUUGUUCUGGUUCUCAAUAAGUACGACCUUUUUGAGGAGAAGAUCAACCGUGCGCCCCUCUCAACCUGUGAGUGGUUCAAUGACUUCUGCCCUGUUCGGACGCACCACAACAACCAGUCACUGGCCCAGCAGGCAUACUACUACAUCGCAAUGAAGUUCAAGGACCUGUACGUUGCGCACACGAACCGGAAGCUUUUCGUGUGGCAGGCCCGUGCUCGUGAUCGUCAGACGGUCGAUGAAGCGUUUAAGUACAUAAGGGAGGUUCUCAAGUGGGAAGAGGAGAAGGAUGACAACUACUACCAGGAGGAAUCAUUCUACAGCACCACUGAAAUGAGCUCCUCUCCAUUUAUCAGAGCGGAAUGAGCACCGAUUUUGGAAGCUUGCUGUCUUCUUUCCCUCAGGAUUUGAACUGAUUUCGUGUCCUACAGAAAUCAUUAACGCUUGUGUGUUAAUUCUACAGCUUAUUCCGAUCGUAAUUGGUUGUGUGCAUCUUAAGAGAGAAGAAUCUGUUGGUCCUGUUGUUGCUUUGUAUUUACUAAUUAUUUUCCUGACAGAGAAAGAAAAAAAAUGUUUGCGUGA